ACACACACACACACACACCAAAAUGUUCUCACAGGCACACAUUCAGAGAACUUUCUCUCUCGUGUACACGCUUACAUGCUGACAAGCAGGCAGGCAGACACACCCUCUCCCAUUAUCUGUGCUGCGAGCAAAUCUGCUCAUAUUGUUUCGUAGCAGCGAGGGGCUGUAUUUCGCUCCUCAGCAGCAGCAACAGCAGCAGCAGGACAGGUCCAGAGGAGAGCAGUCAUUACCAGAGAUCACACACCAGCUUCUACAACUGAAGCGUGUGCCUGUGGGACAGCCAUGGAGGACACCCUCACCUGCAGCCAUGCCACCUUCUCCCAGGUGUUUGGACGCCAGGGACAGCUCAUGCAUGCCACGGUCCAGUCUCUCAACAGCCUGAACGACCAGAUUGCUCAGUUCAUGGUGACCAGACCUUGUAGCCUGGCUCACGAGGACAAGGCCUUCAUGCCGGGAGAGAAGGACACCUUGAAGAAGUCCAUGACUCUGAUGAGACACCUACUUGUGGAUGCUCAGGGGAAAAUUCUUAAAAUGAUGGAAGACAACAAACAGCUGGCACAGAGGAUUGAUGGGGCCAUCCAGUCCGCCAGUCAGGAAGUGACCAACCUCCGCUCCGAGCUCUCCGCCACCAGCCGCAGACUGGCAGAGCUGGGUGCCAGCAGCCCCCCUGCCUUAGAGAACCACCACAAGUACAAUCACCACGAUGACAGCCUCCACUAUCGGGAUCCAUCAAUGCAUCACAGACAGAAGACAGUGGUGACAGACAUGUGCUACCCGACAGAGAUAUCCAGCCUGAUGGACUUUGGCACCCCAGACUGCUCGCUAGGCAAAGUGUUGUUGCGUGAGGAGGUGAUGCAGCUUCAAGAGGAAGUCCACCUGCUGAGGCAAAUGAAGGACAUGUUGAGUAAGGACCUGGAGGAGACCCAGGGAGGCUGCUCUGCCGAUCUGCUCUCAGCCACCGAGCUCCGUGUGCAGCUGGGUGACAAGGAGCAGGAGCUGGACCGUGCCAAGGAGGCCUUACAAGCUAUGAAAGCUGACCGUAAGCGUUUAAAAGUGGAGAAGGCAGACCUGGCGAGUCAGAUGCAGCAGCUGUACACAACACUGGAGAACAGAGAAGACCAGCUGCGAGAAUUCAUACGCAACUACGACCAACACCGAAAGGAGAGUGAGGAUGCGGUGAAAGCCCUGGCUAAGGAGAAAGACAUGCUUGAGAGGGAGAAAUGGGACCUGAGGAGGCAGACCAAAGAAGCCACAGAACAGGCCAACAUCCUGCGUUCUCAGAUGGACAUGAAGGAGAAUAGGGUCAAAGAACUGGAGGCUGAGCUCACCAUGGCAAAGCAGUCUCUGGCCACCUUGACAAAAGACGUACCGAAGCGGCACUCACUGGCCAUGCCUACAGAGCCUGUAGUGAAUGGCAGUCAGGAGUGGGUGAUGCAGGCCGACCUGCCGCUCACUGCGGCCAUCCGUCAGAGCCAACAGACCCUCUACCAUGGACACACAACGGACAGACAGGCUGUGGUAAGGAUCAGCCCCUGCCAUUCUCGCCAGCCCUCUGUCAUCUCUGACGCCUCGGCAGCUGAUGGAGACCGCUCGUCCACGCCCAGCGACAUCAACUCACCUCGCCAUCGGACCCACUCCCUCUGCAAUGUAAGAGCUGACUGGCCCCCUUGACCAAUCCAUGGAGGAUCUGGAGGACCAGAAGCGUAAGAAGAAGAAGGAGAAGAUGACUCUGGGAUCCCUGUCGCGGGUGUUCGCUCGAGGCAAGCAGCGCAAGUCACUGGACCCCGGCCUGUUUGAUGGUACAGCCACCCCUGAUUAUUACAUAGAGGAGGAUGCAGACUGGUGAUGCUGUCUGUGUGUGUGUGUGUGUGUGUGUGUGUGUGUGUGUGUGUGUGCGCGCAACAUUUGUGUGUAUCUACCUGGCUUUAACUGUGUGUAAAGAGUGUUUUUGGGUUUGUCUGGAGGGGGGAGGGGAGUACAUUUUAAAAGAAAAGAGACUGCUAUUCCCAUAAUGUACAGUAUAUUACCCUUAAAUUGUUUGUUUGUAAAUUAGAUAUAUAUUUAUAGAUGUACAUGUAUGCAUAUGUAUAUAUGUUUACAUGCAUAUAAAUAUAUACAUGGGGUUAUUAUUAUGUGUAGAAAUGUUUAUGCUGUAUUAUUUUCCAAAUGUCUUAAUGUUUUAUGUUUUUUUUAUAACUGGAGACUUGAAGGACUGUUGUUCAUAUGUAAAUAGGAGUUAUUGUGAAACUAGUGUUUUUACUGUAAAUGUCAUUUGGCUUUUGUUACUUUACAGUUGCUUUUAUCAUGCUUUGCAACAUUGAUUUCUAAGUUUCUUCUUAUUCCCAAUCUUACUUGGCCCAUUUCUUAUUACGAAGGAGAUAUAAUAAGAUUGGCUUAAAAAGAAAUUGAUCUCUUGGAGUUUAAUUUGCCAAAUGCUGUUGUUUCAAAUUGCUUGUUGGAAUCAAAAAUAGUACUUUGUUUGAGCGGUAUUGCUGGAACAGGAUUACAAUUAUGUUCACUUUACAAAUGCUGGCUCACAUUAUUUAAACAUAUCACUGCGUGGGCAGCAGGACGUUUUUUCGUAAAGGGUUCCUCAUCCGUUUUAUGCUAAACAUCAUAUUAUCAGUUACUCUAAAUAAUGUCUGGGCCAACCAAAGGUUUUAGAGUCAAUCUUACUUAAGAGUCUUAUUUGCACAGACCUGAAUACACAAACAAAAGAUUAACAGUGAUGCAUAUUCAGGCACACCUCUCGUCUUCUGUUGAAACCAUGUGUGCCAAAGUGCUAAACACUCAUCUUUAGAAAACCUGCGUAUCAUUCUGUCACUGUCAGCACUAGCCUCGUAACAUUGUUUAUGUCUGACUCAUUUCUUACUGAGAGCUAUCUAACGUGCCAAUAUGAGACGAAGGAAUGUGCAUUAAACACCUGCAUGAUCCCUCUGUGUUGCUUUGAUUAGAUUUCCAUUCAUUGCCAAUCAAAUUAAUAGUCUCCACAAUCCUGUGUUGCUUCUGUGUUACCUUUUCCUUUUACCGAGUUAUCUUUCCUUGCAUUAUGAAUGCACGGUCCCUUUUUCUUUUCUUUUCUAGUUUUUGUUUUGCUUUGUGUAAAAUCCCUCCUCAUUUCUUGCAAAUGUGGCUCUAACAAUUCUAUGUUAAAUGCUUUGUAAUUUAGGAAACGUUGAAAAGAUUAAAUCUAUUGAAGUAUUUUAUUUAAAAAGAAAAAGACAAAGAAGAGGUAACUGCAAAUAUGUAUCUGCUGCAGCUGUUGCAGCCAGAUGUUGAGGAGGUUUUAGCAUUUUCAAAAAUGAAUUAUAAUUGAAAUGAAAUCUUAUUUUAAAAAUAAAACCAGUAACUGAA